AUAGAGAGGCAGAGAGUGGGAUAAGCACCAUCCAUCCCUUAGGAACCAUGGAAGAUCUUGUUUUAAUUAUUGGUUGUGGCCCUUCGGGACUUGCCAUGGCUACUUGCCUUGCAGUCCUCUCCAUUCCCUUCAUUAUACUGGAGAAGGAGGAUUGUAUUGCUUCAUUAUGGAAGAAGAGAACUUAUGAUUGCGUGAAGCUACAUUUAGCUAAACAAUUUUGUGCGUUGCCUCACAUGCCUUUCUCCUCGACAACCCCAACAUUCAUUCCCAAAGCUAAGUUCAUCCAAUAUUUGGAUGAAUAUGCUGAGCGUUUCAAUAUAAACCCUAUGUACAACAUGAAUGUGGAGUCAGCUACGUAUAAUCGGGGCACCAAAAAUUGGAUUGUCACAGCCUGCAACACUAUAUCCGGGGAGGUCAAAAGAUACGCAGGAAAGUUUCUUAUUGUGGCAACCGGGGAGAACAGCAAGAGCUUUAUUCCAAACUUUCCUGGGCUAAAUAGCUUCACUGGUGUGGUCAUCCAUUCAUCAUACUACAAAUCGGGGGCCCCAUAUGCAGGACAAAAUGUCUUGGUGGUCGGCAGUGGCAACUCGGGGAUGGAGAUCGCUUAUGAUCUCGCCAAGUUUGGUGCAAAAACUUGGAUUUGUGUUCGAAGCGCGUUCCAUGUUGUUACAAAAGAAAUGAUAUAUUUGGGAAUGAAACUCUUGAAGUACCUUCCAGUGUUCCUGGUCGAUGCCCUUGUUGUCCUGCUUGCUAACUUUAGAUUUGGAGAUCUGUCCAAGUAUGGCAUCGUUAGGCCCAAGAAGGGUCCAUUUCUCCUUAAGGCUACAAGCCGCAGGUCUCCCGUCAUAGACGUUGGAACAGUUGACAAAAUCAAAGCUGGGGAGAUUCAGGUCCUACCAGCAAUGACAAGUAUCAAUGGCAAUGAAAUUGUAUUCUCGGAUGGAAAAUCACAUUAUUUUGAUGCUAUCGUUUUUGCUACUGGAUAUAAAAGUUCAGCAAACUGUUGGCUCCAGGAUGACCUUUUAAAUGAGCAAGGAUUCCCGAAACAAAAAUUUCCCCACCAUUGGAAGGGGAAGAAUGGUGUUUAUUUUGCCGGGCUAUCAGGAAUGGGACUUGCAGGCGUUUCAAGGGAUGCUCAAAAUAUAGCAAACGACAUCCAUAUGAUCCUAAAAGCAAACGGAGCUAUGUAAGUUGUUGAUCAGUGCUGUUUGACUGUAAUAAAUUUUGGAAGAUCUGGUAUGAAUGGCUUUGAAUAGAGACUUGUCAAACAUUAUGUAAUAUAGCAAAGUAUGGAUGGUUCUGUUUG